AUGGAACCAGGGGUGAGGAGUGAGGUCAUUCUCUCAGCUUACAUCAUUUCCUUUCUCCUUGGCCUCCCAACAAACCUCGUGGCUCUCUACGCCUUCAGCGUCAAGAUCAACUCCAAGCCCCUUUUAACAGACAUCCUGCUUCUCAAUCUGACGGUCUCUGACCUGCUCUUUCUGAUCAUCCUUCCUCUCAAGAUGCACGAGGCAGUGUCAGGCAUGCAAUGGCAUUUAUCCAGUGCCCUGUGCUCCAUCACCUCCUUUAUCUUCUUCUCAACAAUCUACAGCAGCUCCUUGCUGCUAAUGGCAGUCAGUGUGGUUCGCUACAUUGCACUAGCUUUCCCCAUCACCUAUCAUAAGCUGCAGAAACCUGUGUAUGCGAUGAUUAUCAGUGCUGCUAUUUGGCUGAUUACAACAGCACACUGCAGCAUCACUUUCAUUACCCAGCACCUACCAUCCCUGUCCAGCGAAGACUCCGAUGUUUGCUAUGAGAACUUUACGGCGCAGCAGCUGACGAUCCUCCUCCCUGUACGUUUGGAGUUUUUCUUUGUGCUCUGCCUAAUACCUCUUUUAAUUUGUGUUUACUGCUACUUGAGCUGCAUCGUUAUCCUGUACAGUCGCCCCAGGAUAUCCCCGAAGCAGAAGCAGAAGGCCAUCGGCAUGGCCUUGGGGACUCUAGCUGUGUUUCUCAUCUGUGUGCUGCCGUACAACCUCUCUCAUUUAAUGGGUUUCUUACAGGGUGAGAGCCCCAAAUGGAGGCACUACACCUUGCUGCUUAGCACCUUCAACACCUGUAUUGAUCCCAUCAUCUCCUACUUUUCCUCCUCCACUUUCCAGUGCAUUGGUAAAAAGUUGAUUUUCAAGAAGUGUGUAUUCACUGUUUCAGGCCAACAGCCCACAAGCUCUAGCUAA